AUGGCACAGAGCAAUGGGACCAUCGAUCAGGCCGCGCUGGCACGAGAAGUAUGUCGUCCGAAUCUCGUCAAGCAGCUGAUGCUUGAGAACAAGUUGGCAUAUUCCUUUGGGCUCAGGAUAGCUUUCUCGGCGGAAAUGCCUUUGAUGGCCAAACGGGCUGGAUAUUCGGCCGUUCUGAUGAACUUGGAGCAUAUGGCGAUGAGUAUUGAGACGAUGAAAGAUAUUGCUGUUGCAUGCUUGAACGUCGGGUGAGUUAUUGAGGACUUGAAAUCGAUGGCUGUUUGACGAAAAUGCUAAUCUUGUCGAAUCGUUCAGUAUUUCUCCCGCGGUGGUCGUUCCUACUUGCUCGACGGAAUGGAUAUCCAGGUGCCUGGACUCUGGUGCCCAGACCAUCAUUGUGCCGCACGUGAACAAUGUCGAGCAGGCACAAAUGUGCGCGAAUGCGGCAAAGUUCCCGCCAGUGGUAAAGCCACGUUCUUUGAUGGACAAAGUCUCAGAGUCGAAGCUAACCAACAUCCCAGGGCCAUCGAUCAGUCACAAUGGUCUCGGCGAUGACACAGUACGAGACUCGGCUCUCUUACUCGACCAUCUCAGAUGUCGUAAACGAUGCCGUGAUGAUAAUGCCCAUGAUCGAGACAGUUGAAGGCGUUGAGAAUGUUGAGCAGAUAGCUGCAGUGCCCGGGGUUGAUGCCUUGUUCAUCGGGUGUGCGGAUUUGUCCAUGGAGUAGGUAUUAGCUUGGUCCGCUGUACGCUGGCCCUCAUUCUAACCUCGAUGACAGACUGGGCAUUCCCGGACAGUACGAUAACGACCUGUUUCAUAGCACAGUUGCCCGCAUCGCCGCUGCGGCCCAGAAGGCAUCCACGAACGAGCGCAAAGUCUUUGUCGGGCUCGGGGGAUUAGAACCCAGGCCGGAUAUCUUGGAGGCUCUCGUGAAGAAGUAUUCCUGCAUACGGUAAGGUGUCCCAUUCUCACGCCAUAUCGGACAAGAUCCUGAUGCGGUCAUGUAGAUUUGCGAUGGCCGGACGGGACAUCGCCUUACUGAUGGGCGCAAUGAGCAAGCAAGUGGCGGCUAUGGAAGCCAUCUCCAUGUCUCUUCCGUAG